UUAACACAGUAGUAAAAAUACACGCAUGUGCAUCAUACCGGAAUAGACCCUAUCUUAUGUAAUUAGUUAAAAAUUACUCUACACGUAUAUGCGGCUUAAAAUUGGAUAUUUAUUUUAGUGCUACUAUAAAUUCUUAAACUGUUGUGAUUUAUAUUUUAUUUAAAUUCGGACUUAGUAAGAUUAAGUUUCAAUAUGCCAUUGUGACACGAAAAAAAGUUGGAACAACGUGGUUUUUUUGUUUACAUGUUCCUUUGGUGAAUAAUCUUGGACAGCGUCUGAUCAUCUAAAAUCAGUGAAAUGGAGAACCACGCUGGGGAGGAAGGUAUGAAGAUGGUCAACCACACGGAGGAUGUCACUGUGGAAGAUCCAGUUGUUGAAGAGGCGGAUCUGGACGGGCUUAUUUAUAAAGUUACAGAUAAUCCGCCCAUGCAUCUCACCAUCUUAUUUGCUUUCCAGCAAGCUUUGCUUUCCUUGGCGAAUCAGUUAGCUCUGUCACUGAUGGUAGCAGAGGCCGUCUGCGGGGACAAAAAUCCAGAAUUUAAGACUAAGCUGCUGAGUACGACACUGUUCAUGGAUGGUAUCACCACCUUAGCUAUGGUUCUAAUCGGAGUCAGGUUGCCUUUAUUUCAAGGCGCAGCCUUUGAAUACGUGGUACCCCUUCUGGCUCUUCAAACUCUCUAUCCAGAUAGAUGUGAUGCCGGGAAAUCUUAUGUUACGACACUCUUUAAUGAAACAACUGGUCUAAAUACUACAAUUGUAAUAAACUCCACUUUAGACGAAUGGGAUUUGAUAAUGUCACAUGUUCAAUACUUACAGGGAAGUCUAAUGUCCGCUGGCUUCAUCCAUUUCCUGAUAGGAGCGACAGGUCUCGUCGGACUGAUUCUGAACUUUGUUGGCCCUGUCACGAUCGUUCCUACUAUUCUAUUGAUCGGCAUCUACAUGCAGAGAGCGGCCGUUAAGUUUGUUUCCGUACAUUGGGGUAUUGGUUUACUAACAGCUGGAUUGGCUGUUAUAUUCUCUCUUUACCUGGCUCGAUGGAAAUUGCCUAUCCCCAUGUGGACGAAAAAGAGAGGCUGUCACGUUAUGCGAUACCCGCUACAUCAAGUUUUUGCGAUCCUGAUCGCCAUGCUAAUUGGCUGGGGAGUUAGUGGGGUAUUUACAGCCUGUGGAUUACUUGAAGGUAAUGAUUUGGCCAGAACAGACCUGGGACACGAGGCCAUUGCAGAGGCCAACUGGUUUUAUUUUCCUUAUCCAGCUCAGUUUGGUCCUCCAGACUUCAGUGUUAGCGUCUUCAUAGGGUUCCUUAUAGCCACACUUAUCUCUGUAUUAGACUCCAUUGGGGAUUACUACGCAUGCGCAAAAACAUGUAAUGUCCCACCUCCUCCUAAUCAUGCCAUCAACAGAGGUAUUGCCGUUGAAGGCAUCUGUACUUUCUUUUCUGGAAUAAUGGGUUGUGGUCAUGCUACCUCAACGUAUGGAGGCAACAUUGGAGCUGUCGGAAUAACUAAGGUCGGCAGCCGACAAGUGUUUUUAUUCUGCGGAAUCCUCUACAUUGCCUUUGGUCUUGUUGGCAAAUUUUCUGCAGUGUUCAUCACCAUUCCCCACCCCGUUCUGGGAGGGGCUCUUAUUGUCAUGUUUGGAAUGUUUAUUGGAGUGGUACUGUCAAACCUCCAGUAUGUCAAUCUUACUUCUACUCGGAACCUUGCCAUUAUCGGGCUUUCCGUAAUAAUGGGACUGGCUGUUCCAUACUGGGUGGAGAAAACCCCAGAGGGAAUCAGAACAGGUAAUGACAACGCAGACAAAAUUCUUCGAACACUUCUUGGCAAUGCAAAUUUGACAGGUGCCCUUCUUGCAUGUUUCAUGGACAACACUUUACCUGGGACCAAAGAAGAACGCGGAAUCACAGCGUGGCAGAGUUCCGAGAAACCUGAAGACGGUAGUGCCGGGCAUUAUACUCAGGGAGAUAUUUCCUUAUAUGAACCUCUGCUUCCACAACGAAUCAAAAACUUGGCGAUAAUGAAAUACAUUCCAGUUUUUCCUAAUCCCAAGCCCAGGCAAUCGAAACAGGACGCAGUUAUUCAUGACGAAUUAGAUUCUCUUCCACCAUUAUGAUGUAAACCCAGCUUUAGAUAAUGUUAUUUUAAAAAAGAUAUAUGUAUAAGCCAACGUGUUCAUCAUAUCUAACUUGGCAAUAUCUGUUCUAGACCAAGUUUGUUUGCAAAACAAGUCAGAUCUUAGAGAAUUUUUGAAUCUCAUUCCAUUUUCUUAAUAGAAAAGUUUUCAGUUUUCAAAAAUUAGUUUUGAUAUUUAAAUAUAUGUGAUAUUUAAAUAUAUAUACACAAC